AUGGAAUCAUAGGAUGCAAAAGAUCUGAGAAAAUAGAUAAGUGGUUUGAUCACAUUCAACUAACUAGAUGAAAAUAGUGCACUGCUCUCAUUUGAUUUUCAAAUGUAGAAGAAGUAGUUCGAUGAAUACUAAAUUUAGCGAACUUAAUACAGUCAGUUGGUUGUCAUCUUAGAUGCUAGUGCUAAAAUGGAUGAAGCUCAAUUCUCAAUCAUCAAAGAAAAACUCAAGCUGUUCUUAAAAGCAUAUGAGAAAGAAAAUCCUCUUAGACCCUCACCCAUUUUACUUGCCUGUAAUGAUAAGAUAGUGAGGCUUAAAUAUACAAAGGCUGAAAUAUUUAAUGCAGAAUUGGAUGGCACCUCAAGAGGCAAAUUUUACGCAGUGACUGAUGUUUUAUCUCAGCUGUUUCAUAAUGACUAGAUGUAUAAGGAGAUGUUUGAAGAGAGGAUUAGCAACUUUAUGCGAGACGCUUUAAUUUAGACUCGUAUUUAAGAUGGACUUCUGAUUAGGUUUGGGCAAAUAUAGAUAUAUUUGGACACAGUUUAACAAUUUAAAGAGUAUUAUCAGUGCUUCAAGGAUGGCAUUGUUGUAAUGACAAAUGAUCUCGAUUUCAUUCAGAGUAAAGACUUACUAAGAAGAUUCCAAGUAGCUGUAGAGGUGUUCUAAAAGCCAUUUAAGUUAAUUAAAGUGAAUUAUGAACCGGAGAGGAAAUUUGUAAUUGUUAGAGAUCAUCACUAUAUUUAUUCAAGUAUAAUGAGAAUGGAUCUAAAUUAAUCUCCUGACUUAAUCCUCCAUGAAGCUUAGUAAGCUCUUCAAAAAUUAUCUUAAAAAGCAAGAAUUUCAAUGAACGAUAUAAAACAAACUUAGUACUUAUUUGAGAAAAGCUUACUUAAUCAUUACCUUUAAGAGAUGGUUAAGAUAAUAAGCAAUAAUCUUAAUCUUAGGGAAUUUUUUCCGGAAGAUUGGAUUUAAUUGCAGGUUAUAAAGAAUAAGAUAAUUUUGAGGAAAUAGCAGAUGAGCAACAGGAUUUAUCUUGAUGAAAUCAAAGCAAGUAUUGAUAAUGUAGUAGUUUAAGAAUAUCUGGACUACUUAAGUUAUUGUAAUGGACUGUAGUACAUUUAAAUAAUCUAUAGGAAAAGCACAAUGCAAAAAUAUUCGAAGCUAGUUGAAAUUCUCAAGUCUAAUAUUAGUUCCAAAAUAUCUAGUAUUACUGAAGAUGUUUACAGUGCAUUUGAUGCACAAGAAAAUACUAUUUGCGUGAAUCUUUCCUUCCUUGAUAAGCAGUUUUUGUAAGGUUUGAAAAAGAUCAGCACAUCUAAAAAGACAGUUUAUAGUGCGAAAGUCUAAAAAUAAGAAUAAUAGCCUUUAUAUGUAAAGAAAAAAUCAGAUAGUAAUAAUUUACCUAUUCAAAUUAAACAGCAGAAUGAAAUAUAAUAGGAAAAAAUCGUAGAAUAAUAAAAAAGCAAUGAAGAAUAAAAUUAGAAUAACCCUAGUAUCAUAUAAUAAAUAUAGGUAAAAAAUGAUGAGCAUUAAUAAGAGAAAGAAAUCCAUUUUAAUGAACUAUAAUUAAAUGUAAAUGAUUAAAAACAUUUGGCCGAGGAAAUUUAAAAAGAAGUAGACCUAGAAAAAUUGUCAAAUAAAGAAAAGGUUUAAAAUGCUAUUUUGGAUGAAUAAUUUUAGGAUUCAAAGAUUAUGAAAGUUAUUAAUAAUCCCAAACAAGAAAUUAUAAUGGAAAAUUAAAAGACUUUAAUAGAUAUCAAAAAAAAUUUAUUGAAAUGUGAAUCUUUUUUUCCUACAUAAAAAUAAAAAAAAGAUAAAAACUUAGAGCUUGAUAAAGAGUAAAAAAUCAAAUAAGAAGAAAAAGUAAUCGAUCAAGUACCUAAGCAAUAAGUUCCCCCAGUAGCUGCGGCAGCUAAGUAUAAUAAAUUUUUAGAAGAGGAAAAAGGAAAUUAAAUAUAGGAGGAACAAAGUUAAUUCAACUAUAAUUUUGAAUAGCUUUAUGAUAGUACAAGCAAAGUCUGCUAAUAGUGCCAUUUAAUCUAAGAUUAAAGAUUAUAAUUUAAUAAUUAGACUAAUAUUAAAAAGAGGCUUGAUUAGACUAUUUUUUCAAUUGACUUUAAUUCUAAAAAUAAAGUAAAUUAGAAACCAAUAAUCAGAUUUACUUAAAGCCAUUAAUAUCAGCCAUCAAAUGAAGAAAUAAAGCAAUACUCUUAAUGUAACGAUAAAUGCCCCUGUCCAAAGGAAUGUAUGCUUGAAUAUAAAAUGGCAGCAGAAAAUUAUAGUAAUUUAGUUUUAAAUAAUCUACCAAUCAAAUUGAAAUAUAAAGAAUGGCUUUUAAUGGAGAAGUACAGAGAAGGUAUUCGAUAGGAGUCUUUAUAUCUCCUUCAUACUCCUGAAAUAGUGGAGUAUUACAAGAUGACUUUAAUUGUUCAACAAGAUGUGGUAUUUAAUCCUUUUAAUGGAAGAAUAUUUAAAAUAUACAAAAAGGAUAAAAGCGAUAUACGUUUAAGCAAUGAUAAUGCAGGAAAAAUUGUUAAACAAAGAUUGCCCAAUAUUGCUGAAGCCAAAACUAAAGAAAUGUCAAGAUAUAUAUGUAAGAACUAGAAAUAGGUUGAUGCUGUCCUUAUUUGUCUAGAAGACUUUUUAGUUGAAUCCUAGCAAACUCAAAGAAAUUUGGACACUUUAAUUGUCCAAGAUGAUGAUGUUGCUCAUGUAGUUGAUAAAAUAUUUAAAGAGUUUAUCACAAUAUUCACUUUCAGCAAUUAUUGA